AUGACGUUUCUGGACGAUGCAGGCGCGCUGUACCAGCUGGGAUUGGAGGACACGGAGACGGCGCGCACGCUGCAGCAGCAAGGAAGAACCGAUGAAUCCGAGCGCAUGCACAGGGAGCCGCAGAAAGUGGAUAUGUCGUCGCUGGGAGAUGUGAAGUUUACGAAAUUGCGAUGUUCGUUUACGGAGUCGUACGGCAUUACGGACGAUGGAGAUGUGUACAAGUGGAAUUGGAUUAGUCCGCCCAUAAAAGUGAAAGUUUUGGAGGAUAUCAAGGUGGAAGACCUGGCAUUUGGCUGGAAACAUACCAUUGUCCUAGGAACUCCACGAUAAAAGGAAAUGACCGGAGGAUGCAAUGCUAGUGAUAGCAUGAGUUGGAGUGAGGGUGAACUGUGUUGAAAGCUUUCUUUUAUU